CUCUCCGAUCCGCAAUCGCGCCGUGCGUCGGAAGAAGACACAAAUAAUGCCGCUACCAAUGGACAGGCCGGGAAGCUGAAAAGAAUUGCGUGCGUGAUCUGUCGGAAGCGCAAGCUGAAAUGCGAUGGCGCCAAACCUGCAUGCGGAACGUGUUCACGCCUGCAGCAUGACUGUUCGUAUGAUGAGGCGAGGAAGAAGAGUGGGCCCAAGAGAGGAUACGUGAAAGCACUCGAACAGAGGCUCGCGCAGGUCGAGACGCUUCUCAAAACGCAGGAUGAUGUUCCGGUGCAGGUCCCGGUGUCGAGGCGGGAAGGAAGCGGCAUUGGCGCUAUACCUGAGGACGAUACAUUUGAGAUUGAAAUGAUGCCGGUACUUUUAGGACAGGACAAUUUUCAUCUACGGUCCGCUGGUGCAGGUCAUUUGGACGGCAGCUUCGAGCAGCCAACGGAAUUGAUCGGCCUUGGACUAGAUGAACCUCUCCCGAACCAGGACAUCGUUGACGCCCUCAACAAUGCCUACUUUACCAAGAUUCACCCAUCUCUCCCUGUGGUUCAUCGGUCACGAUACUAUGCUGCCAUGCACCUUGCGCCGCACAUGCGGCCGCCUAUCGCGUUGCGAUACGCCAUGUGGUGUAAUGCCGCCGGAGUGACGGAUCAGUACGAAGGCCUACAAGAAGCGUUCUACGUUCGGGCGAGAAAGUACCUGCAACAGGACGAGAUGAAGGGGCAUGGUGAACCAUCAAUCACUGUGGGGCAUUGCCAGGCAUGGUCUCUGUUAGCGACCUAUGAGUUCAAGCUGAUGUACUUCCCUCGAGCGUGGAUGUCGGCCGGUCGGGCCUGUCGGCUGGCGCUGAUGAUGGGCUUGCAUCGACAAGAUGGACUGGGUGUGGAUGUCAAACAGUGCAUACCACCGCCGAGAGAUUGGACAGAAAGGGAGCAGAGGCGAAGGACAUUCUGGAUGGCGUUCUCCGUGGAUCGAUAUGCGAGCAUUGGGACUGGCUGGCCAAUGACGGUGGAUGAAGGAGACAUCAUGACCAAUCUGCCUUGUGAAGAGGAUGCGUACGAUAUGAGCCGGGAGCCAGCGACGGCGUUGUCCCUCAAACAGGCCUUGGAACCGUCUGGCCCAGCAGGUGUUUCUAGCUUCGGUGGCGUGGUCUUGAUGGCAUGUCUGUUUGGCCGGAACAUCACACAUCUGCAUCGACCUGGUCCGGACGACCGAGCCGAUGAUCUGGAAGGGGAAUUCUGGAAGCGACACCGAGAUCUGGAGAACAUUAUUCUCAAUAUAUCGCUCGCUCUCCCGGAGCACUUGAGACUACCGCAGGGCCUGAACAACGCCAAUACUGUCUUCCUGAAUAUGUACCUCCAUACUUCGACGAUAUGUCUCCAUCAGGCGGCCAUCUUCAAGGCGGACAAGAACCGGAUGUCGGCUCGUGUCUCGGCGGAGAGCAAAGUGCGGUGCAUCACGGCGGCGGCCGAAACGGCGAGCAUUAUGCGUCAGAUCUGCCACCUUGACCUGUCUGCCAUGAACCCGUUCAUAUGUUUCUCCCUUUACGUGGCCGCUCGCGUCUUCGUUCAAUACCUCAAAUCCCGCCCGAAGGAUUCUCAAGUCCAGUCCUCUCUCCAAUUCCUCCUCUCGGCCAUGCACGCAAUCAAGCGCAAGAACCCACUCACCAACUCCUUUCUCGUCCAGCUAGACGUCGACAUGGAAGGUGCUGGACUGGAGCCUUCUCUGAGAGCAACGACGCAAAUUCUCCGAACGCAAUUGCCAACUUUCAUCGAUGGAUGUAAUGCGCAACAUCUUCUCGCGCCACAACUUGGCGACAAAGACGGCACCAAGUGGAAAGGACGGCCUACUUAUGGCGACACCGGCCUGGCCGCUUACAGUAGACCAGAUCUGACUGGACAAUGGCCGUCAACAACGCCUGCCAGUGAGAGCCACUCGACAGGUUUCGUACUGCCUGUCCGAACGCCAGGUGGUACCUCUCUGCCUGCCGAUAUGGACACCAGUCCGGAUAACAGCGGCGACCAAGGGACGACACCCGCUUCAAGCACCCAGUCGCAGCGGAACGGAGUUUCCUCAGGCACGUCA